AUGAUCUCCCAACCUCUCAAGCUGGCAGGGCAUCUCGCCAUCUUCAGCCUUGUCAAUGCUGAUUGUGUUCUCCAUACUACAUUGAAGGAGCAGGUUACCAAGCCAGAAAAAAGACCCGAACUUUGCCAGGCCAUGGGUCCAGAUAGCUGGACGUUUGCCAUGCAAAUCAGUGCAGUCUCUGUUCCAACAUUCGAUGGAGACAACCCAUUUGCCGGGUAUACUGGCACCAAGUCGUUCAUUGUAUAUGACAAUAACUGUAUCGCCAAGGGAGUAUAUUCUCCCGACAACGAGGACAACGAUUGCGGUAUUCCCUAUUGGAUCAAUGACAUUGGCAUGCCUUAUGACAUCAAGAUUUCCCAAGUCAAUAUGGCCUUGGGUGCCGGCGACUUCACAAUUGGAUACGCCAAUGGUGACUAUAUGAUUGGAGAGAAUGGGGCCACCUGUCAGGAUAUUUCCAAGGGCCUUCGUGCAGUGACGGCUUGCCAUACUGCGUUCCCGAUCAACGGAGAGCCCAAGUAA